AUGAAGAUGAAGGCGAAGACGACAGUGGCGUUGUUGUUUUUGGAAAAUGGCACACUGGAGGAAUAUAAAUUAGGUCCUGAAGGUGUUAAUCAAGCACUUUUGGCAGGAGAAUUAUUCGAAAUGUAUUCAGAGCUAUGGGCUCUUGAUGCGAAAGAUCCAUUCAUGAAGCCAGAAUGUGGAGAAAGUGUUUCAGAUGUCGUUUCUAGACUGACAAGUGCUUUGAUAACCAUUGAGUCGGAGUUUCAAGGCUGCGCAAUCUUGGUCGUCAGCCAUGGUGAUCCCCUUCAAAUCUUGCAGACAAUACUCAAUGCAGCUAAAGAACAUACCGGACCCAAUGUUGAUGACUUAACAUCAAGAAUACAGGCUGUUAAAGUUCCUUCCGUCCUGUCACUGCACCGGAAGUUUAGCCUUCUUACUGGAGAACUCUGGGCAGUUCUAUAA